GGUUGCUACAGGAAACAGGGUGGCAGCACUGCCCCACAUACACUUCCCCCUCCCCCACCCGCAUGCUGCUUGCUGCCUCAGCCCUGUCAGGUGCAAAAGGAAAUGACAGUGCGGAGGAAAUAAGCUUGCAGCACCCACGGGGAGUGCACCAGACUGAGGUGCUGCCACGGGACAGAUGCAGGGCCACACCGCCUGGGCACUGCUCCGUUGGGAAUGGCCCAGGGCAUGAGCUAAGGGGACUGGACACAGUGGAGGGUGCUGAGAUCACAGCAUGGCGUCCGGCCCUAUGUCCUCCGCUGACUCCUCCAGCCUCAGCACCCUGGAGGAGCUGUCCGAUGCCUUUGACUCCACCCUGGGGCGCCAUGAUGACUCCAGCUCGUUGGGCUCCGACUCUGAGCUGAAUGGGGCUGCCCCCUAUCGCCAGACGGACCGUUACGGCUUCCUAGGGGGCAACAGUGCCCAGGAUGGCCUGGCCCAGCCCCCAGUAGAGCUUGUCCGGCACCGGGAGGCCAGAUGGCUGGAGAUGACAUCGCACUGGGAGAAAACCAUGGCCAGGAGGUAUAAGAAGGUGAAGGUCCUAUGCCGUAAAGGGAUCCCCUCGUCCAUGCGAGCCCGCUGCUGGCCCCUGCUGUGUGGAGGGCAGGCCAACAUGAACUGCAACCAAAACAAAUACAAGGAACUGGAGGAGUCACCUGGCGACCCACAGUGGUUGGAGACCAUCGAGAAGGACAUCCAUCGCCAGUUCCCCUUCCACGAGAUGUUCCUAUCGCCUGAGGGGCACGGGCAGCGAGGGCUCCUGCAGCUCCUGAAGGCCUACACCGUGUACCGGCCCCACGAGGGCUACUGCCAGGCCCAGGGCCCCGUGGCCGCAGUGCUGCUCAUGCACAUGCCUGCUGAGCAAGCCUUCUGGUGCCUGGUGCAGAUCAGUGAGCACUAUCUGACAGGCUCUUGGUUGCCCCCACAGGAGGCGGUGCUGCUGGAUGGCGAGGUCUUUGUGGCGCUGCUGCGGCGUGUCUGCCCCAAGGCCUACAAGCACUUGCAGAAGCACGGGGUGGGGCCACUGCUCUAUGUCACUGAGUGGUUCCUGUGCCUCUACAGCCGCACCCUGCCCUUCCCCACCGUGCUGCGCAUCUGGGACGCCUUCCUCAGCGAGGGUGUGAAGGUGCUGUUCCGGGUGGGGCUGGUACUGGUACGCUUAGCGCUAGGCUCCUCGGAGAAGCUGCGAGACUGCACAGGUGUGGUGGAGACGCUGGAGAAGCUGCGCAGCAUCCCGGUCCGCCUGCUGCAGGAGGACACGCUUAUGGCUGAGGUUAACGACGUGGCUGUCUCAGACCGCGACGUGGCGCGCGAAUGCCGGGUCCAGCUGGCCAAGCUGCGCAAGGUCCGGCCUGACUUCAGGUACAGCCCGGAGCAGCGCCUGCCCAACGCCAAGGCCAUCUUCGACGCCCAGCAACUGGAGGACGCGCAGCAAUCUCGGAAGGAAAAGCACGCAGCACCCACCUUUCUCAUCCCCGAGAUUGUGGUGGACCCGCCCCCGCAGGUCCCUGGGAAGGAGCAGUGGAGACAGGAGCAGGAGCGGCGGAAGCAGGAGCAGGAGCGGCGGAAGCAGGAGGAGGCAGCUGAGAAGCAGGCGCGGAAGAAGAAGCUCCCAGUCAAGAAGAAGCUGGACACACGUGGCAAGACUUUCCACGUGGCCCAGCGCCCCACGCUCACCCGGGAGCAAGGGGGCAGGGAAGGGGAGGAGCCUGGCCCUGCCAAGAGAAACUCUGCCCCCUACCUGGAGACCUAUUUCUGAAUGG